CGAUAUUUAUCUAUAAAUUCAUCGAGUACAUAUACAUGAAUGUAGGUAUAGCUGAAAACCAUCCCCUGCAAACAUGAAGGUUGAAAAACUCAGCUGCAAAUUGAUAAAACCACACACACCAACUCCUCAAAAUCUCAAAAACUACAAGUUAUCUUUGAUAGAUAAGUAUGAAGCGGCCAUGAAUUUUGCUGUGGUUCUGUUUUACGAAUCGAGAGCAGCAUAUACCAGCAGCCAUAUAUUGGAAGAAUCACUGGCCAAAAUCUUGACUGAUUUCUAUAUUCUGGCUGGAAGAUUCAUCAAGAAUGACGAUCUGGUCGAUUGCAGCGACCAGGGCGCUGCGUUUGUCGAAGCAGAUGCUCCGGGCACCGAGCUGAUCGAUCUCGUCCCGAAAAUCGAGAUCGAUCAGCUCAACUGUCUCCUCCGGGAUCAACAUUUCCGAUUCGACGAAGCUCCUGAUAAUCCACUCCUCUCAAUCCAGGCCACGCGUUUCCCGUGUGGCGGGGUCGCCAUCGCCGUCAGUGUCUCUCACAGGGUCUUCGACGCGUCGUCGUUGGGGACGUUCGUCGCCGCCUGGUCGAGCACCGCCAAUCUGAACCGAAAGGUUGAAAUGUCAAUCGACGCUUCUUUCCAUCUCCCCUCACUGCUUCCGUGCAGGAAUCCUGAUUCGAGCGGCCUGAGCCGCCCGAAUCCAGAGGAGCGGGAGAAUAUCGUUGUGAAGAGGCUCUUGUUCAACAAGGCGGCCUUGACGAGCUUGAAAUCGAGGGUGAGGCGAAAAGGCAAGGGGAAAAUCGUGUCCGAAGUGCGUGUUGUGUGUGCCACUAUAGCCAGAGCACUGAUCCGUCUUGACCGGGUGAAACACGGGGAAGCCAGAGGUUUCCUCGUGUUUCAACCGGUCAACAUGCGGGAAAGAGUAAUCCCGCCUCAAACGAGGCAUGCGUGUGGGAAUUUCGCAAUCCCCACGGUCACUCGACGUGUGGAUGCGCCAGAGGCGGAGGAGGUCGGAUUAGAAGAAAUGGUUGAUCUUAUGGGAGAUGCCAUAAGGAAAUGUAUAAUUGAUCAUGCGGAAAUAGUUUCUCCUGACGGGGACGGAGGAGAUAUCAUAUUCCUAAGUAAUUUUGAGUUUUUGUGGAAACAAAUGGGAGUACCUAACACGAAUGUUAUAAUUAUUACGGAUUGGAGUAAGUUUGGAUUCUACGAAGCUGAUUUCGGAUGGGGGAAGCCUCUUAUGACGAGCAUUGGGCCGCAGCAGCCGCUUAACAACAUCGUCGUGCUCAUGAGCAACAAAGAGGGCGAUGGAAUUGAGGCAUGGGUGCAUUUGGACAAAAAUGACUUGCAUUACUUUGAGCAAGACGAGGAAAUUAAAAAUUUCAUAUACUAGCUAGCUUUGAUUAAUUUGCUACUCAAGUAUUUGGAGUGAUUUGUUUUUGUUAUUUGUAGUUGUACCUUAUCCUCUCUAUCAUAAAAAUAUGAUAUAUGAGUUGUUUAUUAAAAAUCUAUGGACGUAUAUCAAAUAAUUAGAU